AUGGAGUUAAACCUGUCGCUGUGUGCAUUACUACUGUGUUCGCUAGUUUGCAUCAUAGCCUUGUCCAACGGAUCGCGCAAGUCAAACCUGAGCCAUAUACCGACUGUGGGAGGGCCAUCCUUGCCAAUUUUGUCAUACUAUGGUACUAUCAGGUACAUUUUCCGUGCUCAGGAAAUUAUCAAGGAGGGGUAUACAAAGCACAAAGGCGGGAUAUUCAAGUAUGCAGAAUUGGGCCAUUGGCGCGUGAUUGUGACUGGACCAAAGUUGAUCGACGACCUGCGCAAGGCUCCCGAAAAUGUGUUGUCUAAUUCAGAGGCCAUACGUGAGAUUGUCGGGUUGGAUUAUACACUCGGUCUAGACAUUAUUCACGAUCCGUAUCACAUACCGAUCAUCCGCUCUCGAUUUAAAGGCGAUCUUGGAACCAGCCUCCAGGACGUCCGAGAUGAAAUUAUUGCAGCAUUGAAUGAUGAAAUUCCGUCUUGCAGUAACGGUGCAUUUGAUUGUUUUCCCGAGUUCUGCACGGUUUUGUACUUACAAACAAUGUCUCAGGGGAAUGGUCUCAUGUUCCCGUGGUGA